CAUAGUAUUCAUCUAGAAGCCUUUGAUCCAAGCAUCAGUUUCAUUUAUUUCUUCUAAAAUUUUUUUCUAGCAGUCUUGGAUCCUCAUACUUUUUACAUUUCAUUCCCUUAUUGAGAUCAUUGUCAUUCCGGCUAUUCAAAUUUCCAAGAUGAGUCCAAAUUCACGGCGCUUUUUGAUGAUACUCCUCGUGGCCUUGUCAUACUUUGUUCUUCGCUUCAUCGAGUUUCAAAUAAAAUCGGUGGAUUCCGAAUUGCCCCAUAAUCGCCACAAUGAGUGGGAAGAGCUCCAAGACGAUUUGUAUCAUCUAGCGGAUAGUUGCUCCUUGGAGAAUGUCUUGGAGGAUGAGACUCCGAGAUAUUUGAAGAUUAGUUGCCUGGUGAACGAUCAGCCCGAGGGUUACAAGAGGCGCCUGAAACCCGUGGACUAUGGCCGGCACUUCUUUCUGAACCAGCGCAUCCCCAAGUCCCCAAAGCGCCGGUGGAAUUUCCGAGUGCCUGUCGACUCCGUGAAGGGAAAUGGACUCAGCUCGCUGACUUGAUUGAUUCCCUACUGCAUCUGGCUGAGUGAAUACACCGAUAACGAAA